AUGAUCAUCUUGAAUAAUUUUUUAUGGGACUUCACCGUUACUCUUGGGACAAUAACACUUGCAAUUAGUAUGAAUAGCAACCACAACGCCAUCGUCUUUGAAGGACAUAGAAACUUUCGUUUGAGGUUAAUAUUGGCAACGUUGAGUGGAAGACUGAUCAAAAUUAUCAAAAUCCGUUCUAAUGAAUUGAACCCUGGUUUAAAAGAUUAUGAAGUAUCCUUUUUAAGACUACUUGAAUCGGUAACGAAUGGUUCCCAUAUAGAGAUUUCGUACACAGGUACAACAAUCAUUUAUAGACCCGGAAUAAUUAUAGGCGGAGAAGUUACACAUAAUUGCCCACAUUCGAAACCAGUCGGUUACUUUAUAGUGCCCAUGUUGAUGUUGGCACCAUUUUCAAAGAAGAAGUUCAGCAUACUAUUUAAGGGUAUCACAAACUCAAGUGAUGAAACAGGAGUUGAUGCCAUCAAAUGGGGGUUGUUACCAAUUAUGGAAAGAUUUGGUGUGCGUGAUUGUUUAUUGCAUAUUUUGAAAAGAGGUUCACUUCCGGAAGGUGGUGGUGAAGUGCAUUUGAUAUGUAACUCUUUACUACCAACACCUUUAACUAUACACGCUAUUGAUAUACCCAAGUUUUCCGUAAUUCGAGGCGUGGCAUAUUGUACACGAGUUAGCCCUUCUAUCGUUAAUCGUAUGAUUGAUGCUGCCAGGGCCACGUUGAAACCAACAGGAUGUGAAGUCAAUAUUACUGCUGAUGUUUGGCGAGGUGAAAAUUCGGGAAAGUCACCUGGAUUUGGCAUUACCUUAGUUGCUGAGUCUAAAAAGGGAUGGCGUAUUGUUGUUGAGAACGUAGGUCAGGCAAGAACUCUUCCAGAGGAUUUGGGAGAAUUGACUGCUUUGCAAUUGAUGACAGAGAUUACCCAGAGUGGAACAGUUGGUAGGUAUCAGUUAAAUAUGAGUCUCGUUUUAAUGGUUAUUGGCAAAGAGGACAUUGGUCGCAUAAAGAUUCACAAAUCUGAAAUCGACGACGAUUUGAUUUACGCUCUACGAGACAUUAAAGGAAUUUUUGGGUCUGAAGCGUUCUUGACUGAAGAUGAGGAGGAAGCCAAUUUUAUGAUAUUGUCGAUGAAGGGUAGCGGGUUUACAAAUGUGUCAAAGAAGGUUGCUUGA